GUCAUGGCGACCUACGCAAAGACGACCUAUAACGCGGCCAGGUAUGCAGCGAUACGGCCCACAUAUCCUAAACAGCUCUUCGACUUCGUGUUUCAUUACCACGGACUUGGUCCCAAGGCGCGUUGGGGGACCGCGGUGGACAUCGGUUGCGGUACCGGCCACGCUACCGUCGAACUGAGGCCAUUCCAAAAUGUCAUCGGUGUCGAUCCCAGCAGCACCAUGAUAGAGCAGGCCCAGAAGCAUAUCGGCACGACGGCGUAUGCAGGGGAACUUGAAUUCAAACAGUCGGCGGCUGAAGAACUAUCAUUCUUGGAGGAUGGCAGUGUAGACUUGGUCACGUCAGCCCAGUCCGCUCAUUGGCUCGAUUGGAAGAAAGUCUGGCCAGAAGUGGCUAGGGUGCUGAGGCAACAUGGAACACUUGCCGCCUGGGGAUACUCUGAGUUCCGCCUCCCUCGCUACCCUUCUGCGACGUACCUUAUACACGAGUAUUCUCGGGGUACCGAUCCCGAGAAGUCUCUGGGCCCCCACUGGGAACAGCCAGGACGCAGCAUACUCGACGAUCAUCUGGUGGGCGUGCCGGAUCCUGGGUCCGUCGUCCCGGACAAGUUCCAAGACUUCGAACGGAUUUACUUCACUGGCAACUACCACCCUCACUUCCCUUCUCCACGACCAAUUAUUCUGCCGAAGAAGAUGACGUGGGACGACCUGCUGUCCUACCUGCAUACGUUCAGCUCCUUCCACACGCACCAGACUAGGUACCCUGCUGACAAGGAGAACCCACAUGGUGACAUCGCCAGGCGAUUCCGUGACAAGUUGAAGGAGCACGCGGCAGAGCAGGAUAGCAGUGCACUGCCGAAGGAUACCGAUGAAGUCGACGUUGAGUGGCCUGUGGCACUUCUUCUUGCUCGUCGUAAGUAGCAUACUGCUAGCGUAUUACUUUAUUUGCACUCGACCUCUCACCUCGUAAAGGUGUCAAUGAGUCGCAAUAGCAAGUAGUAGUGUCACCUCGACCUGGGAGGGGUUGAUUCAAUAAGAACAGUAGUAUUAGGCUGGCCAGCC